AUGUCUGCUCUUCUGGAGUCACCAAAAAUGAUCUGCAUGGCAGGAGCAGCUGGAGGUCAAAAGUACAUCAGAGUGCAAAAAUUGUACAGGAUUGUCCUGCUGGGAGCUGGGAAAAACAGUCUAGGAAACACUAUAUUUGGAGAAGAUCUGUUCAAGGUUGACAAUACGGAAUGUCAAGCUGAGUCCAAAUCUCUCCAUGGAAGACGGAUAACCUUGGUCAACACUCCUGAUUUCUAUGCCCCAUGUGGUUCAGAGGAGAAGCGUAAGCUUGAAAUAUUGAAGUCUGUCAGUGAAUGCAUUCCAGGGCCUCAUGCUUUUCUCAUUGUGCUCAAAGUGGAGAAAUCCACAGAGCAGCAGCAGGCUGUCAUUGAGAAAAUAAGCCAAUAUUUCUCAGAGGAAGUUUUUAAAUAUGCUGCAGUUGUCUUUACUCAGGAAGACACUCUCCCAGAAGGAAUGAAGACUCAGAAGUUGAUGGCUCAGAAUAAAUGUUUGAGUGAUUUGGUCAUGAAAAUCAAGGGUCGAUACCAUUUCAUUGAUAGCAAGUAUAGCAAAUUGGGGGAAUCUUUUAGAGACCAGUCCCAGGUGGAGGCACUCCUAAACACAGUGGAUCAGAUAGUUAAAGAUAAUAAAGGAAAGUGUUACACCAGUAAGAUGUUACCACAAGGAAAUUCCUGCAAAACGUCUAGCGACAGUGUCUAUAAUAAUGGAUUGAUCAAAUUUAAAGGUCAUGCCGCAGAGUCAGUGGCAAAUGCCUUCUUCGGGCCAAUUGUCGUGGUUUUAACCCCGGGAACAACAAAUGAAGCGCAAGAAGGAAGCACUGCAAAAGAUAAAGACAAAGGAGAAAAUGAAGAAAAAGAGCUAGAUGAACACAAACCAUCAACGGAAAAGGAAAGGAGGAAAGAAGAAGUUGCAAGAAAAGGAGAACGACAAAUAGAAAUUACAGAGACAAAAACAAAAACUAAACCAGGGGACGAGAUUGACCGUCCUCACAGCUUCUUCUCAGGAUAA